AUGCCGCUCGACGCGGUCCGCCGCGGCCUCGAGGACCUCCUCGCGGCGUGGGGCGCGGCCGCGGGCGGCGCCGAGGUCCUCGUUCCGCGCCCGAAGCGCGGCUCCCCCGCGCACCAGCUCAACCAGGGCUACGCCAUCGUCACCGCGGGGUCGCCCGACGCCGCCGCGGCGCUCGUGGCGCGGUUCGCGCGCGACGCCCCCCGCCUCCACGACUGCGUGCUCACCGCGCGCCCCGCCGUCCCGCCGACGGCCGCGCGGGCCGCCGACACGGCCGCCGACACGGACACGGCCGCGGACACGGCCGCGUCGUCGUCGUCGUCGUCGUGGAACGGGCCGCGGGCCGCGGGGCUGCUGGACGCGCCGCCCGCGCGCUCGCUGCAGUCGGCGCUCGAGGCCGCGGGGUUCUUCCUGAGCUCGUACGCGCCCGGGGAGCAGCGGUGCGUGUGCCCGCAGUGCGGCGGGGGCUCGGGCCGCGAGCCGUCGUGCGCGGUCCGGAUCGAGGACGACGGCCUGUCGGCGGUGUACUUCUGCCACCGCGCCAAGUGCGCGGAGGAGGGCGGGGGCGGGGAGGAGUUCAAGGGCGUGGUGAGCGUGCGGCCGCGGCACCGCGAGGCCCUCCGCGUGGGCGACCACCACCUCCUCGGCACGGGGGGCGACCACCCCCGCGCCGCGCCGCCCGCCGCCCCGGGCAAGCCGCGGUACCAGGUCCCGCGGCUGCACCUCGCGCCGCUGGACGACGAGUGGAUCGCGUGGUUCGCGGCCCGCGGCAUCCCGCGCGACGUCCUCGCGCGCAACCGCGUGCAGAUGGAGGUGGGCCCCGACGGGCGCGGCACGCGCAUGCCCGGGGACCCCCCCGAGGCGCCGCGGACGCGGCCCGCGGUGUUCCCGUACUACCGCGACGGCAAGCUCGUGAACGCCAAGCUCCGCUCGAUCGACAAGCGCUUCCGGCAGGUCAAGGACGCCGAGAAGGUGCUGUGGGGGCUGGACGACAUCCGGGGGGAGUCCUGCGUGGUCGUGGUCGAGGGGGAGAUGGACAAGCUCGCGCUCGAGGUGGCCGGGUUCACGAACGUCGUGUCGGUGCCUGACGGCGCGCCGGCCAAGGUCAAGCCCGGCGACACCCCCCCGGCCGACCCCGCGGCCGACCGCAAGUUCUCCUACCUCUGGAACUCCCGCGAGGCCCUCGACGACGUCACCUCGAUCGUCCUCGCCACCGACGGCGACGGCCCGGGCCAGGCGCUCGCCGAGGAGCUCGGCCGCCGCCUGGGCAAGGAGCGCUGCUACGCCGUCGAGUGGCCCGCCGCGGGCCCCCUGCCGGACUCGGCCGCCGCGCAGGCCGCGCUGGCGCGCGCGCGCGCGACGCCCGCGCUCUCGCGGACGCCGCGGACCCGCCGGACCCCGCCCUCGCGGCCGCCGCGGACGCCGCGGAGGCCGCGCACGCCGCGCUGCUGUCGCGCGACGCCGGCCCGCGCAAAGACGCCAACGACGUCCUCCUGCGCGACGGCGCGGCCGUCCUGCGCGCGUGCGUCGAGGCCGCGCAGCCGCUCCCGAUCCGCGGCCUCUUCACCUUCGGCGAGUUCGCGUACGAGAUCUGGACGGCGUUCGAGUCCGACGGCGGGCUGGGCCCGACGGGGGCGUCCACGGGGUGGGCCGCGCUGGACGACCUGUACCGCGUCGUGCCCGGGGAGCUGA